UCAUGAUGACAAUUAGAAAAAUUACAAUUUAUCGUGCAAUUUAUUGCGACGCGAUUUAUUGCAUACACAGAAUCGAUCGACAGUAUAACAUAACCAGCAGCGUGGCAAGUCGUCUCUAUUACUUAAGACGAAUCCUCGCCACGGUGCAUACAGUAACAGGCGAUAGUGUUUCGCGUCGAAACGAUCGUUCGAUCUGUCUUAUUAUUAUAGAUCGAUAACGGGUCGGUAUCGAGGAACAAACGUAAGAGAAGAUGAAGAAAUCGUGGCUGAUAUCGCUGUUCCUCGUCGUUCUGAUCGACGACCGAGUGAUAGGCAAAAUUCUAACGGAAUGCGAAAUCGUGCAACAACUCCAACAAGCUAGAAUCUCAAGGAGCGACAUAAGCAGUUGGAUCUGUUUGAUGCAGAGCGAGAGCGGAUUGAACACGAAUUUGAUAACUGGGCCGAAGACGGCCUCCAGCUACAGUUACGGGAUCUUCCAAAUUAACAGCGCCAAGUGGUGUUCCAGAGGACAUAGCGGGGGCAUUUGCAAAAAACGUUGCGAGGAUUUCGCGAAUGACGAUAUCAGAGACGAUAUCGCGUGCGCUAAGAAGAUUCAAAGUUUGGAAGGGUUCAAGGCGUGGGAUGGUUGGGUGAAGAAUUGCAAGAAAAAGCCUUUGCCGAAUAUACAGAAAUGCUCACGAUGAUGACGAGUAUAUAGUUUCAUCGAAGCCAGUACCUUGAAACGAGAUGGAUUUUCCAAAGACGUGGUAAAAAUAAUUAAUAAUUAAACAUUGGACCUCGCCUGAAUUUUCAUAUAUCGAUUCUCAUUGUGUUUCUUCUUGAAGAAAAAAAAAUCGUUUUCGUAAUUUUGAUUUUUAAAAUCUGUUAAUAAUAAUAAUCCUUAUUGUAAGUGAAUCAUUAGCUGUUUUUCUACUAGUCUUCCACUCUUUCUCUUCUUCACCAAUCUUGAUAAUUUUAAUAUACAAAUUUUAUUUGUUCCGGAAAUCAUAUUGAUCCUCGAUAAAGUUAAAUGAGAUAGGAUGCUAUUUAUCAAACCAAAGAAUUAUUAAUUAUUUUCAUUAAAAAUUUUCUCAUUUAUUCUGCUAUUUCUAUUCAAUCCAUUUUAAGGUACUGCGAUGAGAUUAUGGAAUCGAUUCGAUUAAUAUUGUUACUCUUACAUCGUAUCAUCGUUAUCCAAUGAAAUAAUUUAGAAAUCAUGUUUGAAUGUUUGUAAAUGAAAAAAAAUACAUAUUACGCUACGUAAUAUGAUAUAUCUAUGAUUUAUUAGACUUUGAUAAACGCCUUAGAAAUCACGUAUACCGAUACCGUCUAUUUUUACAACAUUCAUUUCCACAUAUGAUUCUGUAAAAAUUACUACGUGUAUGAAAUAUAUGAUUUUAUGCUCGUAA